AGCGAUUGGAAAAAGUCAAACAGAAAGUUUGACUAGUCAAGGGUCAUAUUAGCCAAGAAAGAGGGGACACACAGAAAAAGAAAGAGGGUUGAAACGUUGUUGCAAGAUAAAGAGGGGGAAGACUAUCUAUUUUAUACAAGGAGUAUAACGGCAAUUAAAUAGAUGGUUAAGGCAUAAAACAGAAUAGACAGUCAAGGUGGCAAAGUAGGAGUUUAACACUUUGGGGAUAGCAUCCUACGAAAUAAAGAAACUCAUUUUUCUUGGUUUGAACAAUAGAUACGGAGGCGUUGAACUAUGGAACGCAAAAUACCUGAUUUCUCUGGAAUCUGGAAGAUGAAAAGUUCGGAGAACUUCGAGGAGCUUUUGACCGCGCUGGGCGUGAACGUACUGCUGAGGAAAAUAGCGGUGGCAGCUGCCUCCAAGCCCUCAGUACAAAUCAGCCAGCAGGGGGAGACACUGACCAUCCAGACCUCUACCUCCGUCCGGACCACCCAGGUCUCCUUCACCGUCGGGCAGCCCUUCAGCGAGACUACGGUGGAUGGCCGACCCUGCACGAGUUUCCCACGCUGGGAGACAGCCAACAAGAUCAGCUGUGAGCAGAUGCUGCAGAAGGGGGAAGGCCCCAAAACUGGCUGGACCCGGGAAAUUACCAAUGACGGCGAGCUUAUUUUGACAAUGAGCGCUGGGGACGUUGUGUGCACCCGGGUAUAUGUGCGAGACUGAAAGACACCUUUCCAUCCCUCUGCCUCUCCUUCUCACCAAUCCAU